GCCUGGGAAGGAGGGUGUGCAGCGCGGCUUCAGAGGCGGCCGGCUGCACAGAAAGGCGAGGAGUGCAGUUCUGCCGGGCAGGGUGAGUGUUUCGGUCGCUGGCGGCUCGGACUUCAGCGGCGUGUGAAUGGCGUGCUCUUGGAGGAGUCGUCUGCGCUCCACAUCGGCUCAUCGCUUGCACGUAGCGUUACAACUAGCUGCACGAAAACGCGUUUGAUGACGGCAGGGAGCGGCUGUGCUUUCUUUCCUCAAUACGGUGGCGCAGAGAUCGAAGAUGCGAAAAAUCCCUACUGUACAUCUCCUUCAUGUGAGUGACUUGGUGAUUUGAACGGGCAAGGAAAAAAUGCAGCAAGAAUCGCUGUCUGUGUUUGCCUUUCCGAUAUUUGGGAUAAACCAGAUCAUACUAAUUAUGAAGGAGACAGCAGUGAUGCCCAUGCUGCCUGGGUAGUAAGUCCUGCUUCUCUCAAUGAAAACAAAGAGGAGGGGUCUGGCUGAGCCAUGGCCGAAAAGGAGAACAAUCUGAGAACAGCCAGGUUAUGGAGAGAUGCUGCCUUGCGCUCCAGGAAACUAAGAAGCAACUUACGCCAUCUCACCCUCAGCACCAAUAGUAAUCAGAAGAUUGUUCUGCCAGAGAACAUCAGUGAGAUAGAAGCGCUUAACCUGGGCAACAACUCCUUGCAGGAGCUGCCAGAUGGCUUGGGGGCUGCCCUCACCAACCUGCGCAUUCUUGUCCUUAGGAGGAACAAAUUUACCAGCCCUCCUCCUGCUGUCUUUGAACUGGGAUAUUUAUCCGAGCUGGACCUAAGUCAUAAUAGUCUCACCAGCUUUUCUGAGGAUAUUGUAUGUUUAAAGAGCCUGAAGAAAUUGUGCAUCAGCCACAACAAACUGAAGGUCUUGCCGACCCACAUAGGAGCACUGCAGAGUCUGGAAGAGCUGGAUGUCAGUUUUAAUGAGCUGUGCCAACUUCCUUCAUCUUUCCAAGAACUCCAGAAGCUUAGGACACUGGAUGUCGAUCACAACAGGCUGUCUCAGUUUCCCCCUGAGAUCCUAAAACUUGGCGACGUUGAAGAGUUGGAUUUUUCUGGCAAUAAAAUUGAUUGUUUGCCUGGUGGAAUUUCUCAGUUACAGUCACUCAAGAUCUUGUGGUUAAGUAGCACCAAAAUCUCUGAUUUACCUGAGAGCUUUUGUGCGCUGAAAAAUCUGGAAAGCCUCAUGCUGGAUAACAAUUCUUUGAAUUCUUUACCCCAGCCCUUUGGUCAAUUGAAAAAGCUAAAAAUGCUUAAUAUUUCAUCUAACAUUUUUGAGCAGUUCCCACUGGUUGUCCUGGAGAUUUUGGGUCUUGAGGAGCUAUAUCUAAGCAGAAACAAGCUGACUUUUGUUCCUGAUGAGAUAUGCCGCCUUGGCAACCUUGCCAACCUGUGGCUGGACAAUAACAAAAUAACUUACCUUCCUGACUCUAUUGUGGAGCUGGAUAAGCUAGAAGAACUGGUCUUACAGGGUAACCAAAUCGCCAUCCUUCCUGAUAAUUUUGGGAAGCUCUCUCGGGUUAACAUUUGGAAAAUUAAGGACAAUCCAUUAAUACAACCUCCUUACGAGGUGUGUAUGAAAGGUAUUCCUUAUAUUGCUGCCUAUCAAAAAGAACUGGCCCAUUCCCAACCGGCUGUAAAGCCACGAUUGAAAUUGGUUCUAAUGGGGUUAAAGAAUGCUGGAAAGAGUUGGCUGCGACACUGUCUCAUUAGUAGUAAAACGAAGGAUAUUCUUUCAGUGACUGGAAACAAAGGCAUUGAUUUGGCAACAUGGAUGGCUGAUGUUGAACGGAGUCUUACCUUCAUUGUGUAUGAUCUCUCUGGUGAUCAAAGCUAUGACCUUAUUAAACCAUUUUUCCUUUCACCCGGUGCUUUGUACAUAUUGGUUGUAAAUUUAAAGGCCUAUAUGCCCAGAUAUUUUUAUACUUAUGUAGGUUACUUCCUGCACCUGCUCAGUGCCAAGGUCCCACAUGGUGUAGCCUGUAUCGUGGGGACCCACACAGAUUUAUGCGAUGAACUAGAAGUAGAAGAAAAAUGUCUAGACAUCCACCGCCAGAUAGCUUUUCAGGAGAAAAGAGAUGUGGAAUUCUUACAAGGCCUGGUGCAAAAUGUAGACCAAGCUCUUGGGCAGGAUUAUGACAUUAGAGCCUCCAAUCCUCAUGCCUUGUUUUAUGGCGUCUCAGACAAAAACUUGCGACGUAAAAAGUCUCAGCUGCAGUACCUCCUCAAUAAUCGGCUUCAAAUCCUCUCCCCAGUCUUGUGUGUGAGUUGUGUUAGGGACCUAAGGAAUAUUCAACAUCUAAAGGAAAAGCUUAUGUCUGUAGCUGAGCACCGUGAGAUUUUUCCCAACCUUCACCGCAUAUUGCCAAAAUCUUGGCAGAUGCUAGAGGAGCUACACUGUAAGCCCAAGGAACUAUGGCUCUCUUGGUGGGAUUCAGCUCGUCUUGGCUUGCAAGCAGGGCUAACUGAGGACCGUCUGCAAAGUGCACUCUCGUAUUUGCAUGAGAGUGGCAAGCUGCUCUACUUUGAGGACAGCUACACUCUCAAGGAGUACGUCUUCCACAAUCUGACCAAGCUAAUUGACAUACUCAAUAUUUUCUUCCAACGGGAUGCCACUGUUUUGCUGCAGAAGUUGCAGAAUGAUGCUGAUGCAGACCACCUAUGGGCAACACAGCUAAAUCAUUAUGUGGAAGGCUUCCUUCUGCAUGGCAUCUUGCCCUCUAAUGUUAUUCGGUUACUUUUGAAGCCGCAUAUCAAGACCCAGCAAGAUCUUUACCUCAUACUUGAGCUGCUGGAGAAAAUGGGCCUCUGCUACUGCAUAAAUAAGCCAAAAUUAAAGCCUUUGAAUGGUGCCACUGUCUGGUAUAAAUUCCCUUGUUAUGUCAAAAAUGAGGUACCACAUGCUGAGGCUUGGAUCAAUGGUGGCUCCACCCUUUUGGGCCAGCUGUUUUCUGUUGAGCAGCUCCAGAUUGAGUACAGCUUUCCAUUGUUUUUUCCCCCUGGUCUGUUUGCCAGGUACAGUGUACAGAUCAAUGCCCAUGUGGUGCAGAGAUCAGAUGGCCGGUAUCAGAUCUUUGCAUAUAGGGGCAAAGUUCCUGUGGUGGUUAGCUACCGGCCAUCACAGGGUGGCCUGCAGGCAGGCACUUUGUCCAUCACUAGCCAUGCUUCACUGCCAAAUAUAUGGACUGCCUGGCAGGCUGUGACCCCACUGGUGGAAGAACUGAAUGUCCUACUUCAAGAAUGGCCAGGGUUGUACUACACGGUUCAUGUCCUCUGUUCCAAGUGCCUUAAAAGAGGGUCACCUAACCCACACACCUUUCCAGGUGAGUUGCUGAGCCAGGUGAGGCCAGAGGGAGUAACUGAAAUCAUCUGCCCAAAGAAUGGAAGCGAGCGAGUAAAUGUGGCCCUGGUGUACCCUCCCACCCCAACUGUUGUCAGCCCUUGUCAGAAGUGAAUGGCUCUGUGGUAGAGCUACAAGGCUUCCCUAUCUAAUCCCCCUACUUAACCACUUCACCUGCACGGACAACUUCAUAUCUACUACACCAAUCUUCUAAAACUGAAAAAAGCCACACUGGAGUACUGUUGGAAAGGGGGCACAUCGGCCAUUGAAAUGGAAGAUUGUUUGCUGUGAAGAGCAGUAUUCCACAUAGCUCUGGCAAUUUACAAAGCUGUAUUAUGGACUCCUACUAAAAUGUAACUGUUUGUGAUCGGAGACACAGCACAUCACAUUUUUUUCAGACUGUUACUCUUCAGCUAUUCCUUUCAACCACAAAGAUCCACCAUCCAAUACCUAGCCUGAAUUAAAGAUGGCAAAAUGACUGAGAAGACAAUUUUAUUUAUGUUCCAUAUUUAAGAUUAUUUUUUUUGAUUUACAGGCUUCUCAGGGAUUUCUUGUAUCUGAAGCACAUUUGAAAGCCAUAAUAAAUAUCUUGAAAAGGUUGUCUUAAAACAUGCAUGCGUUUUCACAUCUAAUCAGAGUUCUUCUUAGUGGUAAAUGCUAUAUAUAGAGUCACGAAGAACAAGCAUGCUUGCCAUUUCUGGACCUGAACUCAAUGCUCUUACCUUAUGUACUGUUAUUUUUAUGUCCUUCUCUCACACUCUAAUUUGCCUACCAUACUGAUCCUUCACAGAUUUAAGUUUAAAAUUGAGUGUAAAACUGUUUUGCUGUCUGUGAAAUACAAUGUAACUCUUAAUGAAAAGAGGGGCCGGAUAACAAUUUAAGGACAUUAUAAAUCUAUGAAAACAUUUUAGACAGCAUUAAUGCAAAUGCACAGUGAGAAGGGGAACAUUGAAAGAGAAGGGAAUUAUGUCAUUACUGUGAACUUAUCACACUGUUCAGACAGCAGAAUGGUAGUACAAGUAGUCUCCUGUAAGUUUUGCAUAAGGAGGAUGCUUUAGAAUAACUAAAAGGCUGAUUUGGUGACUUGGUUACUCUCCCUCUGACCUCACCCAAAGUAUUAGAAAUGUGCCUUCUGCCACAAAUACAAAUGGUCUUUGAGAUAAAUCAUUCAUUAUAACAGGGUAGUUUACUUUGCCUAGUAAAGCAGAUGUAUCAAUACUAAUACACCACACAUGAAAGAGAAGAUUUCCUUUUGUGUACUGCUGUUUAUUGGAAGCUAGAAGCCAAAGUAGAAAUUAGCCAGUGCCCAGUUACAAAUACACACUGUACACGUUAGGGAUUUUGUCAUGAGGGAUUUAAAUAUAGAAUUAAAUGACCCAUAUUGUUGACGAUUUUGACCAGCAACAUCUGAGACAUCUGUCCGUGUAGCUCGUCCAAACUGUUGCAGAGAGGCAGAACACUUCUAUUUUAUGCACAGCCCACAGUAUAUGGUGUAGAACUACAGGAAACAUGGAGGUAAACACACACUUGACUGCUUGUUAAACUACCUAACUGCAUUCCAAAUGAUUGUCAAACCAGCUUCAUUUAAUUCAGUUUCAUUCAUUAUCCCAUCAGCAUCAGGCACAAAGCAGGAGACAGUUCUGGACAGCAUGCCAGUCUGUUGCACACUCACAAGUGGCCAAUUUGGAAUCCCUUCUUAACCUAACAAGUAUGUCUUAAAGGCUGUGUAGCGAAAACCCACAUAGACGACCAGGCCUAUAAAUCACUGGAUACAUCAGUCAGCAUCACUAACCACAGUGUCAACAGAUGGUGUACAUUUUCUACCACAGCAGUGAAUUAAUUCAGUCUGAAGUUUAGAUUUUCCCUUUAUAUUUUAAAUGCCUUAUAGAAUGGCAGUUUAUGGAAAUGGACACAAGUGUAAACAAUGAUGUGCACAUUUUUAAUUUUUGAACAAAAAAUGACAACAUAACCAAAAUGGAAGGUAUGUAAAAUGCAACUGUUUUGCCUUGCAGUGAGGUGCUGUUGGAUGAAGGACUGUGUAACUGUAGCUGCAGCUGCCAUUACAAAGCCUUACUAUCCAACUUUCAAAGUGUAUCCCAGCAGUAUUAGUUGCAAGACAGAGAACAGUCCUGGCUGGGGAAGCUCACUGAAUUUGGUUGUACCAGAUUUUUAAUGCAAACAUCUUUUGGGAUGUGUGAGAGUACCAGAGUACUCAAAGAAAUAUCCAUGCAGACAUAGGAUCACUGUGGAUAAUCCAUGCAGACCAUGACAGAUCAGCCAUAGAACUGAGCUGUGAGGCAGUAGUGAUAGUAAUUUACUGUGUUGCUGCCAGUCAGAAAUCAAAAAAUGUAGUAUGUACACAUUUAAAAACAAGAAUACAAUUGUUUGGAAUUAUACAAACACAACUGACUUUUUGUUUUGAACUAGUUUUCAUGUCCAAAACAUUCAUCCAGCAAUUAACAAGCUUAUUUAUUCCAGAGGAGGAUGACUAGACAGAGUCUUUCUCAGCAGCAUUGGACAUAGGUUUCCAGUCAGCCACUCACUCACUCAGUUAGUCAAACCUGUUCAUCUUCUGGAUGAAGGUAGAAGAUCCAAACACACACAGUAAAAAUGUUAACUCCACACAGAAAGUGCACAGGUUGGAAUUCAAAUAUAAGACUCAUGAAGUCAGUAAGAUUUGAUCAGUGUUACCAUGCUGCUUGUCCAGAAGCAAAAACUAAAGCAUUUAUUUACUGUAUGGAUAAGGAUGGUUUCUUACUCUUGUAUUAAGCUCCUGUUUCUCAUAUCCCUAUAAUGGAAGUGCAGAUAAAUGGAUGAAUACUUCGGCUUAGUCAGCUCAAGUGUGAUGAGAACCUUUUCAUGGCUAGCAGUUUAUCACCACAGUACAACAUUUAAUUAAUAACAUAACCCCAUUUAAUCCAGUUCAGCGUUGCAUUGGGUUAGAUUUGAUCCUAGCCAUACUAGGCAUUAGGUAGGAAACAGCACUGGACAGGGCAAUAACCCAUCACAUGGCCCACGCACACACAUACAGAAACCAAGCACACAUGGGGAGUGGAAGAACACGCACACUCCACUGAAAACAACAUUAGGGUAUUUGGUAUACCCACUACACCACCAUACAGCCCCACAAGACCAUUCAUAUUUGCCUACAAAAUAGGGUUAGGCUUAGGGUUAACCACAGCCAUUGUUUACCAAAUACUUUAACAUGAGAAAGAUCAUACUGUUGAGAGAACACUGCUGUAGUAAGUUGAGCUGCAAUAUUUAAAAGAUACUUAAUUCCUUUCAAGAGUGUUUUAUUUUUCUGAACCGUUUUGGUUUAAUAUUCAUUUUAUUACUUUCUUUUUCAUUUGUUUGAACUAGACUUGCAUUUUGAAUGUAAUCGUCAGCUUUAAAUGGUUAACAUACACUGAUGUAGAGAGUGCCGAUUCUUACACUAGGCAGUUCAGCAGUGGCACGUGGUAUCCUGCUGCAGAGUAGGUAGUCAUGUUGAGAAGUGAAAUGCUCCUUACUGCCUUGAUUUAUUUAUACAGAGUUUCCUGCCUAAUAUGCUAACAGGAUAGGCUCCAGCUCACACCUGAUUCUAAACUGAAUUGUGUGAAUAAGUUAUACUUUUUCUUUAACAAGUAUCACCCCAGGACACUUAUAUUUACUGAUACAUGAAGUAAGUGUCAUGUUUAUUUGUUCUUUUCUUUUAUUUGCAGUGAGUAGCAGAGGCAGGUUACGUGUCCCAGCUCACCAAUGCUUCUUGUGGCAUUAGGGUGUCUUGAACAUUUCAGCUAGACGGCCUUAAUUGUAUUAUGUAUUAAAAGGUGCACAUUGAAUUUCUUAAAUUGUCUUUUAUUGUGAAUUACAUUGGUCUGAAAAUGUUUUUUUUUUU